AUGAAGUCUGUCUUUGGUUAUGUCUUGAGUGGCAGGCUGUAUGAAACCACUCGCACUUGUACGUAUUCUGUACCACAAUUAUUGUGUAUCUCCUCUGUUUCAGAUUCAGAUUUGUGUAAGUUUUGGGAUCUGGAAACUGUAGGGGUUAAGCCUAGGGAACUUGUUGAAAGUUAUAGUGAGACUAAAGUUUUCAAAGAAUUUGAGAGUACCGUGAAGUUUGUGAAUGGUCGCUAUGAGGUUGCACUGCCAUGGAAGGAUGAUUCUGCUAAAGAAAAACUUUUGAAUAAUGAAGUCAUAGCCCAUAAAAGGUUAAGUAAGCUAAUGGUUAAGUUAGAACAAAAUAAGGAGCUUAAGAAAGAGUAUCAAAAAGUGUUUGAUAGUUAUGAGUCUGAUCACAUGAUAGAAGAGGUACCAAGACGGGAAAUUUCAGGUGUGAAUCCAGUGUACUAUAUGCCUCAUCGUCCAGUAGUGAAGUUAAGCAGUUCAAGUACUAAGAUAAGGCCUGUGUUUGAUGCCUCUGCAUCUUGUUACAAUGGUGUAUCAUUGAAUGACUGUUUGUCCUCAGGCCCAUCACUCAAUCCUGAAUCCUUGGUUGAUGUCGCUCAUUCGCUUUACGGUCGUUGGCCCAUUGCUGUUACAGCUGAUAUAAGAAAGGCAUUUCUGCAAAUUAGUGUACAAAGAGAAAGACAGAGACUGUUCAUAGAUUUUUGUGGCCAAGAGACGAUGGUACAAUACGGCACAUGA